ACAUGGCCAGAGUUACACCGGACUGAAAACCACAACUUCUGUUCGUUUUCUUGUUAUUACAUUCUUCAGCGCUUUAUCCUCAUUUAAAUUUCGUUCAAUUGAACCUGACAGGUGUGUUUGCGAUGGCAUUUUCGUUGUUUUGAGCUGAAACCUUACACUGGAAGCCAUGCCCCUGCUUCCUCUAACGCUGCCUCUGCGGUCGUCGUGAGGAGAGCAGCAUCCCCUGCCAGCUCCGUCUCACACUCACUCAUUGUUUCGGUGGAUUCUUAUGCUUCUGCCUGCCGGAUCGAUCUUGUCCUCCUGUCCACAGAGCUGCUAAAAGCAGAAAAAAUGGACCUGCUGCCAGACGUUUGGAGGCAAGACUACUGGCUUCCUCCUGGUGUCACCUGGAGGGACAUGGAUAAGCUGGCGGACUCCGAUCGACCCAGACCCCGGGACCUUCUCAUAGCUUUGCCCCUCGCCCUGGGUUUUAUAGCUGUGCGCUACGUUUUUGAGAGGUUUAUUGCCCCACCCGUAGGCAGAUGUCUUGGGGUGAAGAACAGAUUGCAAGCUGCUGCUGUCCCCUCCCCACAGCUAGAGUCAUUUUACUCCCAGAGGAGCCGGCAGCCAACACAGAGUGAUAUUGUCAGUUUGAUGAUGUUGAGUGGAAAAUCCCAGAGGCAGAUUGAGAUCUGGUUCAGACUUCGCAGGAACCAAGACAGGCCCAGUCAAACCAAGAAGUUUGGUGAAGCUGCGUGGAGAUUAUUUUUCUACCUCACAGCGUUCAUUGCUGGACUGGCCUGCUUAAUCAAUAGACCCUGGUUUUGGGACCACAGGGAAUGUUGGAGGCAGUAUCCAGUUCAGCCAAUGGAGAGAGCUCACUUCUGGUACUACAUGCUGGAGUUAGGCUUUUAUGGCUCUCUGCUCCUCCGGAUAUCUGUGGACAUCAAAAGGAAGGAUUUUAAGGAACAAGUGAUCCAUCAUUUGGCGACCAUCUUCCUGCUCAGUUUCUCCUAUUGUGCCAACUACAUUCGCAUUGGUACUUUGGUCAUGCUGCUUCACGACUCCUCUGACAUCCUGCUUGAGUUGGCCAAGAUGUUCAACUAUGGCACAGGCUGGAGGAAGAUGUGUGACACACUGUUUGUUGUGUUUGCUAUCGUGUUCCUUGUGACCCGCCUGGUGAUUUUCCCCGGCAAAAUCAUUCGUACCACCCUGCUACUGUCCAUGGAGGUGUUUGAGCCCUUUGCUGGCUACUACUUUUUUAACAUUCUACUGAUGUUGCUGCAAGCUCUUCAUGUCUUCUGGGCAGGCUUAAUAUUACGCAUGGUUUACAAGUUUUUGAAAGGCCAGCUGGAAAAAGACGAACGCAGUGACGAAGAAAGUGAAGCUUACGACGAAGAGGAUGACAAAGGCGGAGAUGGAAAUAUGGAUCAAAGAGGAGACAAUUAUUGGGAAAAAAGUAAAGAAUCUCUGAAUUCGAAAUUCUCAAUGCUGACCAACAGUUGUGUACUUAAUAACUUGAGCCAGCACCGGGCCUCUGUUAAUGACAGAAUGCGUAAAGCUCAGUAAGGAACUGUGUACGUUUUUCAUUGUGACAUUGCUUUUCUACAUCCUUAAAUAUAUGUAGUGAUUUGUUUAAUUAUGUCAAAAGCUCUGUUCCUACACCACAGUGUGCUUCAGUCACUAUUAAGUGCAAUUAACAAUCAAGGGGCCAGACAUUGGUGGUUAUAUUUUCCUAAAACACUCAUUCUAGGAGAGGAUGUUUCAGUCCAUUUCACCCUAGGUUAUGGACCCAAUACAAGUCUACUCUACCUCUCAGCUAUGCAAAAUAUUGUUGUGGUCUCUUUUUCUCGGUCAUCUUUUCCUUUUACUUUAAAACAGUGAAAUGUGUUGCAGUGUACUCAACAGCAAACAAUGGAACAAACAGACAUCCCAUACUUUUGAAGAAGAUAUGGGAUGUCUUAUGCUACUCUACACAGAGGUGAUGCAAGUCUCACUAUUCUGUAGAAAGUGAAUUUUACAUUCUGUCAUCUGACACACACUUUUUGUAAAUAAAGAGAUU